UUCUGAAAAACAACCAGAUAUGAAAACGUCUAAAAAAGGAAGGAGACGCCAUAAAAAUGAUGGAUUUUGCACUUUGAUCUGCACCUGUUCCACCUGGAGCGCGACGUCACGGCGCCUCACGCGAUUCGCAAGACGGGGUGUUUCUGACGCGCUACUUGCCCCCUGCAUUGAUUUACAUAAAAAUGACGUAUGCACCAUCUUGACCAAUCAUCGCGACGCGGCGGCCACAUGACCCGCCCUUUGCCCCGCCUCUUUUAGAGCAGCACCGCCCCUCUCGCAUCCUCGCGCUGGGCGUGUUACUCGGCAGCCGCUCCGUGUGCGGGACGAGUCCUGUUAUACAUCAAUAAAAACAUCCUGCAAUUCUGUUCUUUUUUAUUAUUCUUUAUUGUUCUUUUUUAUUAUUCUCGAGCGGAGCCACCAGCAUGGCGUGCAUCGGCUUUUCCUGCUCAAAGAACUCCCUCUGCGCCCUCAAUAUCCUCUAUGUUAUGGUGAGCCUGCUGAUGAUCGGCAUCGCCGCCUGGGGCAAGUGGUUCGGGCUGGUCUCCAGCUUCCAGGUAGUGGGCGGGGUCAUCGGCGUGGGCGUCUUCCUCUUCUUCGUGGCGCUCGUGGGCCUCAUCGGAGCUGUGAAGCACCAUCAGGUGCUGCUCUUCUUCUACAUGAUCGUGCUCUUCAUGGUGUUCGUGGUGCAGUUCUCCGUGUCCUGCGCCUCUCUCGCCAUCACCAAGGAGCAGCAGGACCACCUGCUGGAGGUGGGCUGGAACAACUCUCAGAGCACGCAGAGGGACGUGGAGAAGAGCCUCGACUGCUGCGGAUUCUACGCCGUCAGCUACGCGGACGCCUGUGACGCGGUCUGCUUCUCGAACCACGCCUGCGAGUCGUGCGCGGCCAAGAUCCAGGAGCACGCCGGCGAGGUGCUGCGCUUCGUGGGAGGGGUCGGCCUCUUCUUCAGCUUCACCGAGAUUCUGGGCGUGUGGCUCACCUACAGGUACAGAAACCAGAAGGACCCUCGUGCGAACCCCAGCGCUUUCCUCUAACGCGCUUCGCCCGCGAAUGGGGGAAAAAAAACGGAGGAAGGAAGACGCUGCUCUGCUUGGGACUUCAGAACGUUGCUGCGUGUUUGUGAGCGAAGACGAUCUGCCGGUCUUCGUCGGAACGGUGUCGUGUGCGCGUGCGUGUACUCCGGCGCCCCCCGGUGGACACUUGAACCCCGUACGACACCAAUACAUGUCUCGACUUAUUAAUAACCUGGCUGUGAGCUUUCACAUGAAACCCUAACCCUAACAUCUGAAUGUGCGUGCUCGACUGAGUGUGUGUGUGUGUGUGUGUGUGUGUGUGUGUGUGUGUGUGUCCAACACAAUAAGUGAAGUGCUCCCGGCGGCGUACUAAAGCGCCCUCUUGCUCCUCGGCGUUGGACUGUGUGCGUAUGUUCGUAAUUGUGCAUAUACAUUCGCAUCGAACUUUCCGUGUGCGUUACACGUAGCGCGUAAGCGGUGCGCUUGGAGUUGCUGGCGCUGGAGGAUUGUGUGCGUGUGCGCAGUAAGCGGUGUGAGGGCCAGAGCGGCUCGGCGCUCACAUUUUGGUCGUUUGCUCUGAUUUUCUCUUAAUUUAUGGUCACUGCAGCAAAUCGGUCUCACGGUGUUUGGGGAGACAGUCUGUGGUGUGUGUGUGUGUGUGUGUGUGUGUGUGUGUGUGUGUGUCCUCUUCCCCUGCAAAGUGUGUGCUCAGCCUUUCCCUGCAUGGGUCCUUUACUGGAGUGUGUGCCACAACGGCCGACGGUUCUGUGAACCGCACACCCGUAACGUUUGUAAAUCACAAAUAAAGGGUUUGAUACACCGCUUGU